AUGUCGACGCCAAACCUGUCCCUCAUCUUCACCAAGAUCCCCGAGGGCCUUCCGGUGCCGGGCGAACACAUCACGGUGCGAGAUGUCGGCUUCGACCUGUCGCAGCCGGCCCCGCCUGGCGGGCUGGUGCUGGAGACACUGUACGUGUCCUUUGACCCGUACCUGCGCGGGCUGCUGCGCGACCCCAAGAUCGAGUCGUAUCUGCCGCCGGCGCCGCUGAAUAAGCCGAUCGUGGCCUACAGCCUGGCCAAGGUGCUCAAGUCCAACGACGCGGCGUUCAGCGAGGGCGACAUCGUGCGCCACCUGCUCCCCGUGCAGCAGUACAACGUGUACACGCCGUCCGAGUCGAAGCCGUUCAAGAUCGAGCCGGGUGUCGGGCCCGAGGACAUCCGCCACUAUCUGGGCGCGCUGGGCAUGCCCGGCCUCACCGCUUACUCGUCGCUGUACGAGAUCGGCAAGCCCAAAAAGGGCGAGACCAUCUUCGUCUCCAGUGCCGCCGGCGCCGUCGGCCAGUUGGUCGGCCAGCUCGCCAAGCAUGAGGGCCUGACCGUGCUGGGCAGCGUCGGUAGCGACGACAAACUCGCCUUCAUCACCAAGGAACUCGGCUUCGACGGCGGCUGGAACUACAAAAAGGAGAAGUCGACCCAGGAUGUCAUCAACCGCCUCACGGACGGCAAGGGCAUUGACAUCUUCUAUGACAACGUCGGUGGCGAGCAGCUCGAAGGGGCGCUCGCCACUUUGAAACGAUUUGGCCGGAUUGUCGAAUGCGGCCAGAUCAGUCAAUACAACCUGCCUCCGGCCGAGCAGUAUCCGAUCCGCAACACGCUCCAGGUGCUGGUCAAACGGCUGACCAUGACGGGCUUCUUGGUGGGCGACGCGAACAUGGGCCCCAAGCACGCCCAGGAGCACCAGGAGAGGGUGGGCCGCUGGCUCAAGGAGGGCAGCUUCAAGGCCAAGAUCCACGAGUGGCAGGGCAUGGAAAAUGCCGCCGACGCCUUUGUCGGCAUGUUGAAGGGCGAGAACUUUGGCAAGGCCGUGUUGAAAGUCAAGGUGUAA